GCUCAAUCCGAGCUUCGAGAGAAGGUGCGCCUGUUGGAAUCCAACCCCGACCUUUUGGCUCUGUACAAAGAGCUUGUGGUAACAGGUAUACUAAGUUCAGACGAGUUUUGGGCUCGCCCAGAAUUCACUACCGCCAGUGUUAACAAUGAAACACAAACACCAAGCGGUCAACGUAAAACUCAAGGUAGCGCUGCCAGUGGAGGCACCACAGCGGCGACAAAUGCGCAUACCGACAGCUCCAGUUCGACGGGGCAAAUUUCCCGCAGUUUUCAACUCGACGACCGUCCCCAAACUAUUGGGGUCCCAAGCUAUUUACUUAGUGAUAUCAAACCGGAAGCCGAUGGCGCCAACGGCAUCAAGUACAACUUGACUCACGAAACCAUUGAUGCAAUUUUUCGAGCGUACCCUACCGUUCGACAACGGCAUCGAGAAUUGGUCCCCGAUAAACUAUCUGAGGCAGAUUUUUGGAUCAAGUUCUUUCAGUCCCAUUACUUCCAUCGUGAUCGUGUCCAGCUUCCGAAAGAAGACAUAUUUGCUGAAUGUGCUGCUCAAGAUGAGAGACAGUUGCAAACUGAGGUGCGUCGCUCUCGCCGAAAUCGAAUUAUCGCCCAUUUGGAUUUGGAAGGCUUAUCCGAUCAUGAUUUGGGUACUGGAUAUGGCACCGAAUUGGAACCCAAUGUAACCAGUCGUUCGGGCGAAUCUGCGAACAAGUCUACAGAAAGCAACUCCAAUGUUUCUGCUAACCAACUACUGCUUCGCAGAUUUAAUAAUCACUCUAUUCUUGUUCUCAAGUCUCUAGGUCCCAGUGACGUGGCCAGCGGUCUCUCCUGUGCCACCAUGGAUACAGGAGGUGGGUCGGAUCCAUCUGGGCAAUCCCAAACAGCCCAGUCAGCUGAUUCAACAUCGGCUACCUCCCUAAAACAGCGUAUCUAUUCAUCAGAGUUGUCUGAUGAUCCAGAACCACUUCACUUCCGCCUGGAGCUUGCCAGUGUAUCAGAUUAUCUUGAGGGACCUACUUCCAAAGAUCAAGGUGCAUCAACGCGACCAACAAUGAAUCAGCCACCUACGGCCUCGACCCGACCUUAUUCGCAGUCUGCUUCUACCACUCCACAUGCUGCUGAAGAUGUAUCCAAAUGUAAAGCGUCUAUGCAUAUGGCCUACGGGGGUGGUCGGAAGGUCCGAAAUGUCUUAUUGACGACAAUGGAUGCUCAACUAGCACUUGCUGAUGUGUCUCCCGGUGGAUGUUUGGUCGGCGGCAAAGGCUCUGAUGAACUCAAAGGCGUCCGUUCCACGGACCGGUCCGAUCCUGUAGACGCCGCCGGAUGUCGUGGUGUAGACAAUGUUCGUUUAGGUGCUGGAUCCACCGGGUCCCGCCGGUCGGCCCAGGACCCAGAAGAUGUUGAUCGUGGUCCAGCUUUGUUGAACGCUGAUCAAGCCCGUGAAUUGUCUCUGUUGUAUGCCAGUGCCUCCGAACUUCUACGACACUUUUGGGCUUGCUUUCCUGUAACCAACCAGGAGCUGGCUGAAAAACUGGAUCGUAUAGCUAAUAGUUUGACUCGUUUCCGUGUCUCUAAGGUCUCCCAUUUUGCAGCCUCUUUGGAUCCUACGGGCGGAGCUGCUGGUUCUAUUCCAUCCGGUGCUGGGAACUCUGUAGUUGGCACAGCUGGGGCUGGGGGGAAAUCCAAUACUGACCCAAAUUCCGUCUCCGAGCAUGGUAGUGCUCGAGGCGCGUUGGCAUAUCGGUCCCGUGUAACUGGUCAUCUGGAGUCGAUGCUAGAUGCAGCUCAGCAAAAGUAUGCGGAAUGGAAAACCAGACGAAGGCAUUGA